AUGCAUUACCAAAAGACAGGUCAUGCGCUUGCUUUAUGGAUUCGACGAACACCCAAGCCAGCUGAGCCAGUCACACGACUCGCUGUUGUCGAGAGGGCAGAGGAAGACCAAUACAACUAUGAGCGCCACCCCGUGUGUCUCGCAUGCGAUCCCGUACAUGGACGUCGUAUACAAAACACAGAGGCGGUCCAAGCAGUUGCCAAUGGCAUUGUGAAUGCCACUUCCUCUGCGCACAAAAUCGAGGUCCAGGCAUGGGAGGAAGACAUUGUGCCUUGCCAACACACUCAAGAACUGCGACAGGAUAUCACAUCGCCGCCAUUACUCGGAAAAGAUGCAGCUUGCUCUCGGUGUGAAUUGGAUACGAACCUAUGGAUGUGUUUGCAAUGUGGACAUCUUGGAUGUGGUCGUGCUCAGUUCGGCGGCAUUCAGGGACACAGCCAUGCCCUUGCGCAUUUUGAGCAAACUGGCCACCCGUGCAGUGUCAAGCAGGGUACGAUCACACCAGAGGGAACAGGCGAUGUCUAUUGUUAUGCCUGCAAUGACGCGCGUAUUGACCCUAAUCUAAAUGCGCACUUACAGCGUCUGGGUGUUCCCGUUGCAACACUGAGCAAGACGGAGAAAAGCAUGACAGAACUGCAGCUCGAGCAAAAUAUCAGCUUUGAAUUCAGUAUGGUCGAUGAGAACGGUAACACCAUGAAACCAGCUUAUGGCCCUGGUCGCACCGGGAUCCAGAAUCUUGGCAACAGCUGCUACAUGGCCUCGGUAUUACAGGCUGUCUGGUCUCUUCCAACUGUUCGCCAUCGAUAUGCAAGUAUUGAGUGCCAUGCUGUGUCCUGUACUGAACACCCUGCUCAGUGCUUCGAGUGUCAGCUUCGCAAAUUAACGUAUGGUCUUGUUUCUGGUCGAUAUGCUACGGGCGAAAAGCCACGGGGGAUUAAACCCAGCAUGUUCAAGUCGCUUAUGGGACAGGGCCAUCCCGAGUUUGCAAGCAUGCGACAACAGGAUGCCGAGGAAUUCUUGCAGCAUUUGGUCACGCGUCUCGGAAAUGAAUCUUCCCGCACUCAAUCCGAGAAUCCAACGCGUGUUUUUAGUUACGUGCUCGAGCAUCGCUUGCAGUGCAAUUCGUGCCACAAGGUACGAUACACAGAAGAACCAGUUGAGGCGUGUGUGGGUCUGCCCGUGCCUGUCAAGGAGACAAGCGAAGCUGGUGUAUAUGAACCUGUUUCAUUUGCAGAAAGCUUGGAUGCAUACACAGCAGCUGAGACACUCGAAUAUUCAUGUCCAUCGUGUGGGACUUGCGUCGAGGCCACGAAACAAACGCGCUUUGCCACUUUGCCAGACGUGCUCGUGGUUCAGGCACAACGAUUCCAGCUCAUCCACUGGGUCCCUCAAAAGGUCCCAGUCCCAUUCAAAGUGCCUCUUUCGCAGUCCAUGGACUUAUCGGCCUAUUUAGGGAAGGGACUCCAGAUUGGCGAAGAAGAGUUGCCGGAAGACUCGAAUUCCACAGGUGUUAACACAAGGCCUGCCGAGAAAGUUAUUGCUCCCGAUGCACUCGCCACGCUCGUAAGCUUCGGUUUCAACGAAACUCAAGCUCAGCAUGCAUGGCAGGCUACAGAUGGUGAUCUUGAAGCAAGCGCCAAUUGGCUCUUUGAGCACGGUGAUGAAGUCAACACCAUAGAACCACCCGCUGCAACUGCCACAAACCCCGACGUAUCAACACUAGAGGACAUGGGUUUCACUCGCGCACAGGCGAAAAAGGCUAUGAGAUUACAGGGCAACGUAGAAAUGGCGGUCUCCUGGUUAUUCGAGCAUCCAGAUGACGCAGGUGAUUUGGAUAUCCCCAAAGAGGAAAAACGUCAAUCGGGUACUGCGGCUCGUGCAGGCUCUCGGGAUGCACCAGCUAAUUAUGAGCUGACGAGCUUUGUCACGCAUCGCGGACCCUCAGUGCACAGCGGUCAUUAUGUGGCUCAUGUGAAAGAUGGAAAUGACUGGGUCUUCUUCAAUGACGAGAAAGUCAUGCACGCACCAAUACACGGUACGCCAUCGAGCGUAGGUGCGUUGUCAGAAAUGGCAUACUUGUACUUCUUCAGACGCGUGUAA